UAUGAAGGACCGAGAACUGACACGCGAGUGACAGAUUAAAGUAAAAACCGGAUUGUUAGUGUUUCAUUAUUUUCGUUAUAUAGACCUUUAUCAGAGUAUUUCAUCAAUUAUUAAAGCUCCUCCGCGUCUUGCAGCCGCUCGGAUCCAAUCAGUACCGAACGAAACGUCGACCAGUAAGGACUAUACGGCGACCAUCAGGUGUGACGGCAGUAGUACCUUCGUGUGGUCGGAGUACCAAACAUGUAAAACCAUUGAUGACGGGCGUCGGAUAUGGUGCCGCCAACGUUUGGUGACGAUGGGCAAAGGACGCGAUGCCUCCCUGAUAGGGGAGGAAGUAGACGAAACGUCGCGGUGGCGAUAGCGGUGGUUGUUUUAGUGAUAGGAGGGUGUGAUGCAGGUAAAAGGAGACACGGGAGUGUGGGGAGUAAUGGGAGUUACGCGUUGGGAGCGAAUAGGUUGAGCCAUGUGAGACCUGGACCUGUGAUGAUAGGAAAAGAGGAUGAUUUCGUAGCCAAAGGAAAAAUAUGUAUUGGUACCAACGGACGGAUGUCAGUACCAUCCAACAAGGACCACCAUUACCGUAAUUUGAAGGACCGAUUCACCAACUGUACAUACGUCGAUGGAAACCUGGAACUGACAUGGCUGAGAGACGACAAUUUGGAUUUGAGCUUCUUGCAGUACAUCCGAGAGGUUACCGGAUAUGUUUUAAUAUCCCACGUCGAUAUCAAGAGGAUAGUACUGCCAAGGCUCCAAAUCAUCAGAGGAAGAACUCUCUUCAAAAUGAGCAAAGAAAACGAGGAAUAUGCUUUGGCUAUCACUCUAAAUCAAAUGUACACAGUGGAGUUACCAGCUUUACGAGAUAUCCUGAAAGGAAGCGUAGGGAUAAUGAAUAAUUACAACUUAUGUCAUAUAAAGUCAAUCGACUGGAAAGAGAUAAUUUCCGAUCCAAAAGCCAAAGAAGUGUACGCUUAUAAUUUCACAGCGGGUGAACGCGAAUGCCCGCCCUGCCAUCGAGACUGUUACAGAGGAUGCUGGGGUGAAGGCAAAGAAAACUGUCAACUGUUCUCCAAAACCACCUGCAGUCCUCAAUGUGCCGAUGGGAGAUGUUUUGGACCAAAACCCCGAGAAUGCUGCCACCUAUUCUGCGCGGGAGGCUGUACAGGCCCAACGAAAAGCGACUGCAUAGCCUGUAGAAACUUCUACGAUGACGGCGUUUGUACUAGCGAUUGCCCUCCCAUGCAAAUCUACAACCCCGGAACGUAUUCUUGGGAGGUUAACCCUUCGGGAAAGUACGCCUACGGUGCUACUUGCGUGAAGAAGUGUCCUGAACAUCUUUUAAAAGACAACGGAGCUUGUGUAAGAUCUUGUCCUGCAAACAAGAAAGCUCAGGAUGGUGAAUGUGUGCUCUGUGAUGGACCCUGUCCUAAAACUUGUAUCGGUGACACUAUAGUUCACUCCGGCAACAUCGAUUCCUUCAAAGGCUGCACUGUUAUAGAAGGGUACUUAAAUAUCUUAGAAAACACUUUCAACGGGUUCCAGCAAGUGUUUCCUAACUACACUUUCGGAGAGAGAUACGAAAAGAUGCAUCCUAAUAGACUGUCAGUUUUUAAUACGCUUAAAGAGAUAACAGGCUACCUCAACGUCCAGGCUUCCCAUCCCGACUUCAAGUCCCUCUCCUACUUUAGGAACCUAGAGGUGAUUCAUGGAAGGGCGUUACAUGAGUACUCUUCCUCACUUUACAUCGUUAAAACCUCACUGGAGACUCUGGAACUGAGAUCGUUGAAUAAAAUCAAUAUGGGCAGCGUGGCAAUUUUGGAAAAUAAGAAUUUGUGUCUGGCUGACGGGUUGAAUUGGGAUAAAAUCAGGAAGAGCAAGGAGCAUUCGUUGAUGCUGUCGAACAACGGUGAGACGAGGUCGUGCGAGGCUAGAGGAUUGGUGUGUGAUCCUCAGUGUAGUAGAGAUGGCUGUUGGGGACCUGGUCCGGAACAGUGUCUGUCAUGUGCUUACUACAAACUGGGAAACAAAUGUCUUCAGGAUUGCAGAGUUCAGUCAAGAAUCUAUGAAGCUGACAACCGUGAAUGCAAGCCCUGUCACGAACAGUGUGGACACUCGUGUGUUGGUCCUGGUUCCGAUAAUUGUACGACCUGCAAGAAUUUCAAGGAUGGACCUUUUUGCGUUGAGAAGUGCCCCACCAACAAAUACGUUGAAAAUGGAGUAUGCAAACCAUGUCAUAGUACCUGUGUUGAUGGCUGUACCGGUCCAUUCAACACCUUGGGUGCCAACGGAUGCAACUCAUGCGAAAGAGCCAUCAUGAACGAAAAUGCCACUGUCGACGUUUGCCUCCACAUCAACGAUCCCUGUCCAGAAGGGUAUUUUGUAGAAUGGGUUGGACCCCAAGUCCAGGAAGAAUCCCAUUUGAAGAGCAUGACGGGAAAAGCGAUAUGUCGCAAAUGUCAUCCGAGAUGCAAGAGGUGCAAUGGAUACGGAUUCCACGUCAAUGUCUGUCAAGAAUGCACCAAUUUCAAGAAAGGCGAACUAUGCGAGGAUGAAUGUAUGACGGAUUAUUAUCCUGAUAUUGCUACACAUGUGUGCAUUGCCUGUAAUCCAGAAUGCAGAGGAUGUAAGGGACCGGGUCCUGAUAAUUGUAUUGGCUGUCAAAACUAUAGACUUUAUGACGAUGGAUAUAUUGAUCCUAAUAACACUUUUAGAUGCGUGUCAUCAUGUCCUCCAGAAUUUCCUCACAGGAUCUACCCAGAACGAUCAGACGCUUACUGUUCCGACAAACCCCAGAGCAUCCCACUCAUGUCAUCAAAAAAUUCAACCUACGUGGCUAUCAGCAUCUGCUUCGUUGUCGGUGUGGUAGUUGUCAUUUUGGUUAUUGGAGCCCUUUGCUAUUGUCAAAAGAAGGAAAAAAUCAAAGAAAAUGCCUUGAAAAUGAGCAUGGCUUUGACUGGCAUUGAUGACAACGAACCCUUGAGACCCAGUAACGUCCAGCCCAAUGUUGCCCAACUCAGAAUCAUCAAAGAUACAGAAAUACGAAAAGGAAGUACUCUGGGAUAUGGUGCAUUUGGUGUAGUGUACAAAGGCGUAUGGGCAAUCGAUGGUGAAAAUUCCACCAAAAUCCCGGUUGCAAUCAAAGUUUUAAGAAACGAUACUACAGCGAAUAAUAGCAAAGAAUUCUUGUCCGAAGCUUAUAUCAUGGCCAGCGUGGAUCAUCCAAACUUGCUAAAGUUAUUAGCUGUCUGUAUGACAUCGCAGAUGAUGCUCAUCACUCAACUAAUGCCAUUAGGUUGUUUGCUGGAUUUUGUCCGGAAAAAUCAUGAUAAGAUUGGUUCAAAAACUUUGCUCAAUUGGUGUACUCAAAUCGCCAGAGGAAUGGCUUAUCUAGAGGAGAAACGAUUGGUGCAUCGUGACCUAGCAGCAAGAAACGUGCUAGUACAGAAACCCAGCUGUGUAAAAAUCACCGAUUUUGGAUUGGCCAAACUUCUCGAUAUCGACGAGGAAGAAUACAGGGCUGCCGGUGGUAAAAUGCCAAUCAAAUGGCUGGCUUUGGAAUGUAUACAACAUAGGAUAUUCACACACAAAUCGGACGUCUGGGCCUUUGGAGUUACUGUUUGGGAGUUACUUACUUUUGGCGGAAGACCUUAUGAUAAUGUACCAGCUAGAGAUGUGCCAGAGUUACUAGAAAAAGGUGAAAGACUUCCCCAACCUCACAUAGCUACCAUAGAAGUCUACAUGGUCAUGAUCAAGUGCUGGAUGUUAGACGCCGAAACCAGACCAUGCUUCAAGGAAUUAGAAGACGAAUUUUCAAAGAUGGCUCUUGAUCCUGGCAGGUACCUUAUUAUCCCUGGUGACAAGUUCCUUCGGUUCCAAGGAGGACUAAGUACUCCUAUGAGCGACAGAGAUAUUGUCUUGUCUUUGGCAUCAGAAAACACGGAAAGUUCUGAAAUGGACGACUAUAUGCACCAGCCGAAGUCGCGCAUGCCACUGCAUUCGACGGGAAUGACGUCACUUUCGGGUAUGACGUCGAUAUCACCAACCCCUGAUCGGUAUAGAGCCACAGCACCUCCUACACCUGAUGGAAGUUCGAUAUAUCCCUCUUCUCAAAACCAGUUCAAUCAUAAACUUUUGAGACAUUCUCAAGGAAUGCCGUGUCACUUCCAUCCUUCACUCCAAGGCACCCAGUCAGACAUCUCUUCCAUAAAAUACUGCGGAGAUUCCCUGAAACUUCGAGAAUCUGACAUGGGUUCGGACGAAUACGACUCCAGCGGAAAAUCCCAACAGGCCCAAAUAGGAAACCUCAAACUCGAACUCCCCGUAGACGAAGACGACUACCUUAUGCCUUCGCCUCAGCACACCCAAACGACUUCGACUUACCUCGACUUGAAGAAUACCACCGACCACGCUAGCAACGCGAAUCUUUACACCGAUUUAUUCAAAAACAACAUCGACAAUCCGGAAUACCUUAUGGGCAACGAAUCACCGAUCGAACAGACUGUAGGUCUUCCUGAUGUUUCUGAUUUUGUCGUGCCUCCAUCACCAUCAUCUGUCAGUGACGUAGUCAAGGCCGUGUACUUGCCUCCUCACAAAGCCAGUGAGGAGGAGAGUGAUCACGAGUGUUACAACGACGUAGACAGGCUUAGGAGGGAGUUGCAACCCUUACAAAAAUGUAAAGAUGGCGCUAUAGUUUGAAGUGUUUUAGAGACGAUGCUGUUAUUUAGUGUUAAGGCAGAACUGCGGGUGUUUUUAUACAGCCCUGGACUGAUAUUUUUGAGUAAUGUACAAACCUAUGGCCUUUUGUACUUCCCGACGUGGUAAAAAGGCUGUGUAAAACGAAGGCAUUUUUAAAAUUGUUUCGACCAUGUCUCGAAACGACGUAAUAAAUAUUAUAGUGCCUGCAUAUUCGAUAAGGAGAAUCCAUUUAAAAUUAAGCUACUUAACUAGAUUUUAGGACGCUGGCUUCCCAGUACUGUCACAGAUGACAAUAACUGAAAGCCAUUUUUACACGUGGCGUUUUUUAAUGUACAUAUUAUUCUCUUUGGUCUUUUAUAACAAAUUUUAUUGUAAAUAAUGUCUGUUUAAAAUGUAGGGUUUAGUCGUUCGACAUGGGUUCGAAGAUUUAAACUUUUCUGUAUAAUAUUGAAGUCUGGCUUUACUACAAACAUAUAUACAACGUAUUGUUUAUAAUAUAUUAACAUUUUGAAUAUGAGAAUUUACAGUAAAGAAAGUUUUUUGACUGGCGCAGUAGACGCAGAUACAUUUUAGUUCUAGCUUUGCUAUACCGUGCUGGCAACUAUUACACUUUUGGGUCGGUAUUUACAUGAGUGGAAGUAAAUCGCAUAGGGAUCAAAUUAAGUCGGCGUUGUCGGUACGCCUUUCCCUAUCAAGUAA